ACUCUCUGCAACCAAUUCUCAAUCAUCUCCCCCUAUCCUCCUCCUUCAUAGGCGUGGCUUUUGGCUUUCAUUACACUCUCUCUCUCUACUCUCUACUCUCUUCUCUCUUUAAGCCAUCGAGCAUACAACAAUGAAUAUGUCCGCUUUGUUCGUUUGUCUUUUAUAUUUCUCAUAGUGAGAGAGCAAAAGGACCAGAGUUCCAGUCUGUUUUGUCUUGGUUUUCUCUUUCACAUAAUCAUUCUGGCUUCCAUUAUCAUCUCCUUUACUUUCUUUACCUCUCUCUCCCCCAGCUUUUAACACUAUUUGAAGCAGACAACAAAGAUAAAACAAUAUCAUUCAAUUUGCUACUAUUUCUUGUGUAGUACUACUGUACUUCAAACAACAUUCUCUAUAAAGAUAUAACAUGGAUAGAUGGGAGAAACCACUAAGAGAUGAUAGGUAUAGACACCAAAGGCAGAACCCAUCUUUCUCCUCUACUCUUCUUGAUGUUAUCUACCGUUCCAUAGAUGAGUCUGGCAAUGGCAAAGGAGAAGAAGAGCAGCUGAUUUUCUACAGAGAAACCAUGAGAAAGAAACAUGAGAUCAAUCAUGGCUUUAAAGGUGAAGAAAUGACAAGUUUGCAAAGAGCAUGCAUGAUAGAGAAGUGGAUGGAGAAGAAAGUUAGCCAUGAGAAGGUCUCCGUUAGGAGAAAAUCCAUGGCUGAUUUCGACAAGAAAUCUCGAAAAGAUCUAGAUUCUGUGCUGUUAAAUUCAAGCUCGAGUUCCUCAGAAUCUAGCUGUGGUGGUGUUUUUUCAUCUUCAGAAUCCGAAUCAAUUUAUGGUGUCAACUCAUCAAGAUCAUCAACAACUAGUUACACCAUGCAAAGGCCUAAGCCUGUCAGAACCAGCAUUUCUGCUAGGCCAGAGAAAUACCAAAGACGUGAAGAUCUUCAUCAAACCGAUACGUUUCAACAUCAUGAGAGGAAUUACGCACCAAACCAGAAGGCAAAACCUGAAGGCAGUUUUGUCAAGACAAAAUCAAAGGCCUUAAAGAUUUAUGGUGAUCUCAAGAAGGUCAAGCAGCCUAUAUCGCCUGGCCGCAGGCUUGCGAGCUUUCUUAACUCUCUUUUCACUACAGGCAAUGCAAAGAAGGCCAAGAUUACGACGCCGGGUGGAAGUUACGAAGAGCGGAAGUUAAAGUCUGAGCAAGCAUCUACAUGCUCUUCAGCCUCUUCAUUUUCAAGGUCUUGCUUGAGCAAAACCCCUUCUUCAAGAGGUGGGAAAUUGAGUAGCAACAAUGGAGCCAAAAGGUCAGUGAGGUUCUAUCCUGUUAGUGUGAUUGUUGAUGAAGAUUGUAGGCCUUGUGGGCAUAAGAAUCUAUAUGGAAGUGAUCGUCAAGAGAUGAGUAGUACUUUAGUGGCAGCUGCAGUUACAACUGCUACAAGAAACAACUGUCCCACAAGUGAUGAAGAGCUUAAGUUGCAUGUCAUGAAUGAAAAUCGCCGAAUCGAGGAAGUUGCAAGGGAUCUCUUAAAGAACUAUCAAAAGAAGAAGGAAGAGCAGUUUGAUCAUAUGAGUACUGAUCUUUGCAAUGACAAUACUCAUCAAGUGUGUAGUGAGGAAGAGGAAGAAGAAUCUGAUGACGAUGAUGAUAUAGCAAGUUGUGCAAGUUCUGAUUUGUUUGAAUUAGAUAAUCUUUCUGUUGUUGGAAUAGAGAGGUAUAGAGAAGAAUUGCCUGUGUAUGAAACAACUCAUCUGGGUACUAAUCGAGCCAUUGCUAAUGGCUUAUUCCUGUAAUUCUAAAAAAAAAAAGAAACUUUUUUAAUGAAUGGUGCGGGGGUUUACAUCAA